AUGGCAACUGAAGCCACCCUUGCCGCCCCCGUUGAUGCUUCUGUCCAUUCUGGCUCCAAGCUCACUAACGACGCCAACAACGACUCACACAAUGUCGGUCCAGACCGCGCGAAUUUGAACGGUAGUCCCACCGUCGAUGACUUAGAAAAUAAGCACAUCACCGGUGUUGAAGAUCAGGUCGUUUCGGCAGAUGUUAGUGUUAGUGGGGGAUCGGAUACGGAAGCAUCGCGGGCUGCUCAAGAUGGAGAGAAGGGCCACGGAAGGACGUCGUCGUCUGUCAAGAAGCCUGCAACGUUUAAGGCUGUGUCGGUCAACAAAAAGUUUCUUGCCUCGAAAGGACCCACGAGUACCUCGACGACCAAGCCGGGCGAUAAGACGAUCUCAACGUCGAUCCUGAGCUCCUCUCCAUCUGGAACCUCGACCCUCUCAUCGAGACCGAGACUUGUCGCAAAGUCAGGAACUGGCACAGGCUCCACUCCACGUGCCAACUCGGCUGCGAACGGAGGCCAGUCCGCUGCAGGCCCUGAUCCCAGCGCAGUAUGGAACAAGAAUCGACCUGUUCCUGUUCCGGAACCCAAAAAGCUAACAGAUGAGGAACUUAAGAAGUAUGGCAUUCAUAUGGCAAGUCGGCUUGCUCCCGAAAGCGGGCCGGCGCAAGGGAAUUGGGCAGACAUAGAAGACGACGACGAUGACUGGGCUCCCGAGACUAUCACCUGGACAGACGGCACCAAAACUACGCUCCCGCACCCCGACGAAACGCCUGCGCCACCGCCUGAGCCGAUCCCAGCGCCACUGAAAGAGAAGGUGAUAGAGAAGCCACAGUCGCCCGCACCACCGCCUCGCACUACUGCGUCACCCUCUAUAAAGUCUGGAGGCCUUGCUUCGGGGAAGGGGUUGAUACUCAAGGCCGGCUCUGCCGACAAGCCAACUCUCGUCGCAAAACCGCCUGCGCCUCCAACUCCAGUAAAAUCACCAUGGGCUCCUCUUCCGCCCAUUGAGAAGGCUCCGCCGGUUGUUGCCGAGCCACCCGCGCUCCAAACCGGCGCGCGAUACGCUACAAAGGACAACUUCGCCAAGAGCAACACUCCUCCGCCUCACCAUGCUAAAGAGAUCGCCGCCGAUGACUUCAGUCGAUCCGCUUGGAGAGACGGAGCCGCCGCCGGCGGAAACAGGGAGCUCUUCAAUUCCCAGUCUGGACGUUACGAGCCGGCCCCUGACCGAAGGGGCUCGAUGAGGUCCGAUGCCCACUCUAGACAGCCUGCCCUGCUGCAACGUCCAUCCCAGUCUGAUCACCCUGAGCCGUCCGCCGCUUUUCAAACCAGUAGAACUUCGGUACCCGAUGGUCCCUAUGGCAGGCGUCGCGGAUCUUCUGUUGCUAGUGGUGGAAGUGGAUCCUACCUGCAACGACCGGGCAAGGGCCAUGAAAUGCCGGCACCUCCCCAAGACCUGCUGAACGCGCGCAGAGGUUCCAUGGCUGGUUCGGUCGAUAGCCCUGUUUCCCCCCGAAAUUUCUCACCCUCAGGCCUGCAACAGGGUCCUCGAAUGCAUGGCAACCAGCAGUGGCAGCCGCGACCUUCACCGGGAACUAAUCAUGCUAGCUUGCACACAACCAGCUCUCAGCCGGUACAACCACCACCCAUGGCCCGCUUGGAGGAAGACCUCGAACUACAGAAGAAGAUCAUGCGCGAGAAGCGUGAGUUGGCAAUGCAGAGAAGGCGCGAAGAGGAAGCCCGUGAGGAGGCCGCAAGAAAAGAGCGCAUCAAGGCGAAGCUGGAAGCCAUGGGGCCGCCUCCGGAACGCAAGAGCGCUAAGAAGGAUUUGUCGCCCGAAGAUAUCAAAGCCGUUCAAGCGCAACAGCAAUCUCAACAGGAUGGCUCUACUGGCCCCAAUGCGGGCUCACAGCCGUCAGCAGCGGGCCCUGGCUCGUCAAUUGUGUCAGCAGCUGCGUCUCACGUGAGUGACAAACCGUUCAGCGACAGACCUACCACUGCCAGUGGCGAACACGGCAGAAGACAUGGUGGCCAAGAAGCGAGGCAACCCAGCUCUUGGGUGGCACCUUCACCCCAGCAGGAACGGCUUCCGACUUGGAGCUCUUCUAGUCCCCAAGCCCCUCGUAACGUAUGGGGAUCGCCUAACAACGAUCGUGGACUCGGCAAUGGAACCUUCAAUACUGACUUGGGUCGUCUGGUUGAGUCGCAGGUGGCUCAAUUGCCUGGCCAGCUUCCGCCGGCCCAGACCAAGAAGGGCCCUGCGCCCAUCGCACCACCCAGCGUGCAGCGGGGUCUACCUCAAGUCCCGACUGUCCAGCAGUCUCGCCCUGCAUCUGGAGGUACACGUGAAGUCAGUGAAAUGAGGAACAGAUGGGCCAAUUCGGUGUUGGAAGGGGACAAAACGGCUUUGGACGAGAGGAGAACACAGCGUCUCGAGCGUGAUCGAACUCUUGCUGACCGCGGGCUCACUAUCGAGCAAGCUCAAGCCUCGAUCAAGGAUACAUGGCGGCCUUCCGGAGACGGCAGGCGCGAUCCCACCCACGUCGUUCACCACGAUGUCUCCGGCCACGGGCUUGACCAGCCCCCAGUACCUACCGGCUCAUCAGCAGGUUCAAUUCUGCCCUCUACCGGACCAUCAGCCGCGACCCAGUCUCGAACCUCUUCAAGAUUCUUCCCCCCCAAGGACAGCAGACAUGAUUCUUCAGGUGCUCAUACGGAGCCGUCGAGGCCUAACUCACCUUCACCGCCGCCUCCGGAUAUGCUUGGCCACCCCGCUUUCGACGGAGACGUGCUUCAUCCUCAUGUAUCCCUUCCUCGCCCGCACCCUGUUGUGAAGCUACCUCCUUCAGCUUCAGCUACGCAACCCACGGCUUCCAGAAAUUCUGGGCAAUUCGCUUGGGCUACUCCAGCUGGGUACAAAGACGGUCCUGUAUCUCACCCUCGUGGACCUUACCAGCCAAGCCAUGUGCCGCAUCGGUCGCAAGAUCAAAGUGGAAAUGAGAAUUGGCAAGAUCGUAUAAAUAACCUGCUCAUAGGACGAAAACCGAACUCUCCCCCGAAAGCACCGGGUGUUGAGCCCGUCACUAAGAGUGCACUCGACUACUCGGGUCACUUUAAUCCGGCUACCGUCUCUCUACCUCGUUCGGCUGCUCAGCAGUUCUCAGAUGACGUGAAGUCUUUUAACACGAAGCCAAUGGCCGAAGAGUGCUUUGAGGAACAAGAGAUGGGGUCGCUCCCUCAAAUUCGACUUCCGCAUAAAAUGCCGGAUGCCGCGUGGCAUCCAGCUACCGCACCAACCAAACCAUUGCCGAGGCGUUUCUGGGUCUCCGAUGUUGAGACAGUCCGCUCAUUGUGGUUCCCUCAUGAAAUGUCAACCAGCGGCAGCGUGUAUCGCGUCCUGCUCCCCGGAAUGGCCGAGGCCAAGUCCGUUCCCCUUCCAUUCUCUCGAUCGGGUAGUAACCCUCGGCGAUCCAAUGGCCGAGGUGGGCAGCGUGGGUCUGGCCCAACUCAUCGAGGCGGCAAAGGCCGCGAGCCCUCUUACUCUGGCGAGACAAGCAAUUCAACGCCUCCUCCCAGCCGGGGAGGCCGCAGCAGCUAUCGUGGACGCGGAUCCGAGAAUUGGUCUCGCCGAACGCCUCCCACACAGACAGCAUAA